AUGUCUGUAAGUCGUCUUUUGUCUAAAAUAAGGCCUUUAGACCAUCAAAGCCAAGAAAAAGGGGAGAGCCAGUAAUGCGGCCGAGACUGGAAAGGAGCGCAAAUCCUCCAAACCCCGGACUUCGGUAGCCCGUCGCAAGAGUUCUGCUGGGAAAAUUGGAGUGGAAAAGGCCAAGGAGAGCAAGGUGAACACAGUUUCUGGUAAAAUAAUUGAAUUCUAUUACAGCCUGCGGUCAAGCAGAUUGCCAGUUGCCCUAAAAAGAUCUCUCCAACGCCGGCGAAGGUAGGUUUUAUCGAAUUUUGCAUUGUUUUGGACUACUUUUUGCUUAAUUCUUAAUUUUUAGCCGCCCAAACCAGAAGUGAAGCCAGAAAAGAAGAAGCCAGCGUCCCCAAAGAAGCCGGGGUCUCCCAAGAAGUCCGUGGAAGCGAAGACGAGUACCGAGAAGAAGAACAGCGAGCUCUCGGAGCCCUUGGACACCUCUCAGAACAUCAAGUCCCUGAGCAGAGACGAGACUCCCUCGGAUGGCCUCAGGCUCAGACCCAAGGAAGAGGGCCCGGUCCCGGAACUCUAG